CACACACACAACAGAAAGUUUGGAAGCGGUGGGAUACCGACGGGUAGGAAGUGACGGGGGAGCAUGAAGUGUCGAGGGAGGAAUAAAAAGAAGACGUGAAUAUCCACAGAAAGCAGAAUGAGGAGCAGCGUGCGAGGGGGAAAGCGGAUUGCGCACGAUCCUCUCACCGGACACACACACACUUUCAAUGGAGGUGAACUCAGCUCCUGCAAGUGAAGAAGCAGAGAUUUCAGAGAGGGGGAUUGUCGUGCUGAUUUCCAUGUAAUUCUGGAAAGUGCUUGCGCUCAGGAGGAGGAGGAGGAGGCCAUAUGGAGGUGCGACCUGCGAACUACAGCCCCCGAAAGACUUUUUACGACCAAUCCCAGAGACUAGUUGCGGGGACAUGAACGCAGACCUGGGACACUUCACCUCGCGUUUCUCCCCUUCUGUCGGCUCGGGCUGUGCGUCUUUGGGGAUGUGUGCCAGCUGCGUGUCUGCGGCUUCAGUUCGGAUCCUGACGCGUCUGUGCGCCCUGGUGCUGGUGGUCGCGCUGGGACUCGGGUCCGAGCUGCGGGUUCGAGUCCGGCUGGUGGACGGACUGGUGACCGAGGAGGUGCUGGAGGCGGACAGCGAGAGAGACCUGAUCUCGGUGGAGUUCAAGCAGGGCGAUGGGACACUCAUCACUUUCAUGGCGGACUUUAAACAGGAUGUGAAGAUAUUCCGGGCGCUGAUCCUCGGCGAGCUGGAAAGAGGGCAGAACCAGUACCAGGCGCUGUGCUUCAUCUCUCGCCUCAACCGCAAUGAGAUCAUCCCCAGCGAGUCCAUGGCCCGGCUCAGACAGAAAAAUCCUCAUGCCAUUCGCCUGGCGGAGGAGCGGAGAGGCCUGGAGCAGCUGACCAUGAGCGUGGCCGUCAACCUCAGCCGGGCGCAUCAGCUCAGCUCCCACAUCCACAACAUGUGCAGCGAGGCCCGGGAGGCCGUCUACACCCGGGAGUCAGAUAUCAAACACUGGCUGGAUAAAGGCGUGGAUGCCUCCAUAUUCGAGGUCCUGCCCGUGACCACGGAGGCGCCCAGCUUCCAGGCCUGUCACUCCACUAAAGACUUGUGGCAGCCCUGUGUCUGCACGUACAGCCUGCGCCUGGAGUGGUACCCGUGUCUGCUGAAGUACUGCCGCAGCCGGGACACCACGGGCAGAGGCAGCACCUACAAGUGUGGCAUCAAGAGCUGCAGCAAGGGCUACCAUUUCACCUACUACGUUCCCCAGAAGCAGCUGUGUCUAUGGGACGAGGAGACCUAGCGUUUGUUUCUGGACCGGGAGGGGGGAGAAAAGAGAUGCUUCCCCCUCCCAUGCUGUUCAAAGUAAACACAGAAACACUGGACCUCAGUUUAUGGGAGGACGAGUGAGGCUGUCUCAGAUGGGGAGUAGGGAGAUCCAGACAUUCCAGCUGAAACAGAAACAAAUUCAGGUUUGCAAAGGAGACCAAAACCUUCACGGAGGGACAGAUGGAGCACGUUGUUCGAAAAGACUUGUUCAACUUUCUGGGGAAAUGACAUAUCACCAACUACAAUGUGUCCUUGCCAAACAACUCUUUUGUGCCUUGCUUUUUUUGAGGGGGAAAUGACUGGAGCAGUUGACGGAGACCAACAACAAUAACCUCUCAAAGAAGAGAAGCUACUGUAUGCACAAAGCUGGACAGUGCGUUACUCUUCCAUCCUGAUGAAGGAAUAUUCGGAUGGCGGAUUUCUCCCUCUUCUAAAGCUCUGUGAAAAACCUUUGUAUAUCCGGCUAAAUGCCUGUUUAUAACAAUGUAAGCUGGCUGACAAAGAAAAUGUUUCUUCAAUGCUGGCUUUAUUUAUUUUAGUUGCAAAGUGAAAUUAUGGAGGACUAUUUUUGUAUAUAUUUUUUUUAAAUAACCUCAUCCUUUUCUCCUCCUCUUUCUUUUCAAUUAAACUAGCUCUUAAUCUUAUAUAUCCAAACCACAGGUCCUCAGUAGCAGGACGCAUUCAAACACAUUUCAGAAACAUUUUUAACCUCCUGGUUAAAAUCCAGAUGUCGCGUUACUUCCACGCCUGGUUUAUCAUUUUAUUUCAGUUUUAGUUCAGCUUCACCCGCCACUCACAUCCCACGUCUGUUUCCAGUAAACCAAAGUCACAAGUAAAUACUGUCAAAGGGGGCAAAGUUUACUUUUUUAGAAACAGACUCUUCAGUAUGAUGUUUUCCUGUAAUCUAUACUGCCAUCUACUGGUCAUACAGUGUUUCUUGAGUUAACGGUUUCGUGUCUCCUAAAUGUUAAUAAUUUAUACAUCUCAUAUCCCUGAUUAUUUACAGACGUAAUUUAAGGAGCACUUCUUAAACUUGUUGGACCAAAUGUCAUUGUUCUCUCUGUCUGUUCCUUUGAGCAAUAGUUUGGAAGUAUUUUUUGGGGAGUUACUCUCAUCUCCAUCUUCAUUUAAAUCUUUACUGCCAUAUCAAACGUUCCUUUUUUUGUUGUUAUGUAUGUCCUGCUAACUAAAGAACCAAACGAGUGAAGCAUUUCUAAUCGUGGCCUUUUCUGGUGAUCAAGUGCCUUAACAUUUCCACUGAUAUCUUUGCUAUGUAAUUAUGUAGUUUAAGUUGUGAAAUAUAUUUCUUUUUCUAUGAAAGAGUUCUGAAUAUGCUGUAAAAGUUGCCAUAAGGAGAAAAUGAAGCAGUUAGGUGGUGUUCCAUUUCUGAGUUGUUUUACAUGAAUUGUUUCAAUAAAGUCCUUCCUUGCACUGCAUACUAA